UUACGGCGGGUUUAGGGUAGAUAAAGACAGCGAAAAAACACUCUGAGUCUCCAAUGAUACUCUGUUUGCAAUACAAAAAACUGCGUCUGGGUAUGCAUUAGGAUUCAUUGCUAUUAUAGAGCAAUGCCGGUUUGCGACAUUACGUCGAGGGGCAACAGCAAUCUCCUGUAGGUGGCUUGCAACGUGCGUACGUAUUUCAUGCGAGAUUUAAUCAAGUUCGUUAACAUGGGCAGGCUAUCCAGAAACACAGCGAAUGGAUUAGCCUAUAUCCUUGCGCUCGUUGUUUCUAUGGCUAUGCCCCCUGAUGUCCUGGGUCAUGGUUACCUGGCAGUACCAUUGUCGCGCAACAUGUACUCCCGUCUCUACGAUCCUGACGCUACCAAGGAAUACACGCCUAACCAGCUCAGCGCUGGAGGUGUAGCGGUCGUGAGUGCGGGCUCCACGCUCACGUGGCCGUUUGGAGCCUACAGUGUGUGCGGCAACCGGGCUGACGACCCCAACCCACGCUGGAUGGUGCCGCGUCCUAUCCAGGCAACCUAUUAUGAAGGAGACAUCAUCAACAUCACCAUCGGCAUCACGGCCGACCACAGGGGCCGCUUUGCCUUCCGCCUGUGCCCCACCACAAACGUCACCAACACCUGCCUCAACGCCAACUGGCUCACCCGGGCGGACCCCGUGCGCCCAGGCGAUCGGUACUGGUACCUAACCGAUAAGACCCGGGCCGACGGAAGCGCCUUGGUUACCCUGCAGAGCCUGGGCGGCUACUCCAACGUGCCUACCUACACGCUCCGAUACCGGCUGCCGGCGGGGGUUACGUGCGACAACUGUGUGCUGCAGUGGUGGUGGCCGACGGCCAACUCCUGCACGCUGCCUUGUGUUCCGGAGGACCCAGACUUCAACCCCGCCAGCGGCCCCAACAGCUGCAACGUCCAGAAGCUAGGUAUCUGCGGCUCCUCGCCAGCCCUGUUCCCGGAGGAGUUCUGGAACUGCGCAGACAUUCGCAUCCUGCCCCGAGGCGCCGCGUCCUCACCACCAUCCCCUGCAUCGCCAAGCCCCAAGCCUGCACCCACCGCCGCGACGCCACCGACAUCUUUUCCCCCGCCCUCGCCCAGCCCCAAACCCUCGCCUCCCUUGCUGUCUCCUAGUCCCAGCCCCAAGGCAGUGAUGCCCCCUCCUGCGCCCAACCCCAGUAGCCCUACCACCUGCAGCACCACCGGUUACUGUGCUGGCAAGGCUGCUGGCCUCUACGCUAAUCCCUGCGACUCCACGUGUGCCACCUACAUCCAAUGUGGUAACGACGUGACCUACCUGAUGACCUGCGGCAGCGGACUGGUCUUUAAUCCCGGCCCCAAGUACUGCGAUUGGCCGUACAACUACAAAUGCCCAGCAGUUUCGCCGUCGCCGUCGCCGGCUCCCUCGCCAGUGGUGUCAAGCCCCUCCCCACCACCUCCCAAGCCGUCGCCAUCUACAAACCCCUCUCCCUCGGCUGCUUCGCCCCCGCCGAAAUCACCGCCGCCUACUCCUUCCCCGAAGCCCACUUCCUACCCUAGCCCAGCCCCCAACAGCCCACCGCCCGCCGAGACCCCUCCUCCACCCAUCCGGCUGCCCCCUCCCAGCCCCAGCCCUCUUCCACCCAUCCGGCUGCCCCCUCCCAUCCCUAGCCCUCUUCCACCCAUCCGGCUGGCCCCCCCCAGCCCCAGCCCUCUUCCACCUCCUGUGCCCAACCCCAGCCCUACCACCUGCACCACCACUGGUUACUGCGGUGGCAAGGCUGCUGGCCUUUACGCGAAUCCAUGUGACGCCGCGUGCGUAACUUACAUCCAAUGUGCAAACGAUGUGACCUACCUGAAGACCUGCGGCAGCGGACUGGUCUUUAAUCCCGGCCCCAAGUACUGCGACUGGCCGUACAACUACAAAUGCCCAGCAGUUUCGCCGUCGCCUGCUCCUUCAUCCUCCCCUUCUCCUUUGCCUUCCCCUUCUUCUUCUCCUGCACCUCCACCGCUGGUCCGCCCCAGCCCUCCACUGUUGUCCCGCCCGAGCCCUCCACCCACGUCUUCGCCGGCUCCUAAUCCCAGCCCUAGCCCUACUCCCAGCCCUGGCCCCAAUCCCAGCCCUAGCCCUAGCCCCACUCCCGCACCUCCUGCUGGCUCUUACAAGGUGGUGGGCUACCUGGAGACUUGGCGAUGGUACCAACAAGGCAGUGUUCCGCCAAGCCUGACCGCCCACCUGCCCAAGCUCACACACAUCAACUACGCCUUCAUUUCCAUCUCGUACAGUCCGCAGUACGACACGUACUAUCUGGAUUUCACUGACCCAUGGGCCGACGUUGGGGCCUGCCUCACGGGAACCGGAACUUGCCCGGCGAGCUGCCUAUCCCUUAACGCCACCUGCGGUGGAUCGAAUCUGGGGAUGAUCCCAACCGUCAAGACAACCGGCGCCACCUGCCCAACGGGCUGUUUUAACCGUGGAGGAGGUUCCAGCAACCGCAUCUGCAACACGGUCCUUUCCGGCAUGUCGUGGCCUCUACAAGCAUGCGGCCAUGUUGCGUACGUGCAGAACUUCAUCUCCAAGUCAGCGCCUAACGUCCGCGUCCUGCUUUCUGUUGGCGGUUGGUACGACAGCAAUUAUUUCUCAAUGGCUACUGCUCCCGCUUACCGCAGCCGCUUCAUUGACUCAAUCGUUGACUUCAUGGACUUAUUCAAAUUUGACGGCGUUGACUUUGAUUGGGAGUAUCCCGGUUUUGAGCACGGUGGUCAGCCACCGUACGGCAUGUCCGAUUACGGGAGUCCAGAUGACGUACGAGACUGUUCUGCUACGACAUGCACGUACGGCAGUCGGCUGCAAGAUGGCGCCAACUACGUCGCAUUCCUGCAAGACCUGCGAUCCCGCUUGAACGGCCGACGCAGUUGGCGAGGGCAGCCUUUCUUGAUGACUAUGGCUGGUCCCAGCGGCACUGACAAGUUGAACAAGAUGACGCUGUCAUCUAUCUGCGCGCAGCUGGAUUGGGUCAACAUCAUGACGUACGACUUGCAUGGCCCCUGGGACACCACUACCGGCCACCAAUCCGCCCUGUCAGACCCCUCCGGAGAUCCGCUGACGGUUUCGGCAGUCGUGGCGCAGUACGUGGCUCGGGGCUGCCCCAAAUCCAAGAUUGUGGUGGGCGUGCCUUUCUACGGCAGGUCCUUCGCGGGUGUGCAGGCGGGCCCCGACACCACAUUACCCGGCUACAAUCAGCCCUUCACCGGCACAGCCGCAGAUCCCAUGCCCAUGCAAAAGACCAUUGCUGCUCUGGGCUACCGUACGGUGUACGAAAACGCCCGGAAUGCGUCGUACGCGUACGACGCAACUUCGAAAACUUUCAUUACGUACGACAAUGAGGCGGCUGUUGCGGCCAAAGCGGCUUACGUGAAGCGUGAGGGGCUGGCGGGGGUGAUGGCCUGGGCUCUGGGUCAGGAGACGCCCCAGCUGUGGACAGCCCUCACCAGCGGUUUGUGAGCUGGUGCGUCAUACAGGACAAAGGUGCGGGGGCUCGUACCUCGUAAUACCAGAUGGUGAUGCACCUGCAUGGUGGCGCCAUUGAUUGGGAUACAAGUGGGUUGUUUGUGGGUGCCAUCACAGGCCAAGAUGGUCAGUUGUGACACUUAAAUAGGUAUGCGCUGAGCGCGCUAGGGUUAUUCAUGCCUCAGGUACAUAACACAUGGACAAAGUAUGUUUGGGGAAUGUGCCUAAUGAGCAUCCAUGGUGCGUGUGAGGCAAGGGGGGCGAAUGUCCUGCUGGCUCAUGCAUGGACACACCGGUGCCGCAACUUGCACUGCUGCAUUUUCCAGUUGCACUGCUGCACUUCCCGGUCAUCCUUCGAAAGGUGCAUGCAUGGUCCAAGCGUUUUGCUGCUCGCAGUCAGACAUACAGACAAGCAAGGCCAUAUGUUUCCCCCGGUUUACUUUUGAUAACGGAUUCUUUGCAUCAGUUGUAUGUAGUGUAGCCGGCUAGCUAACGCUAUACAUGGGGUAGGUUUGUUGCAGUUAAGGUAGACGUAGCCUGACACACACUAAAUAUGCAGGUAUGUGGUGGCAUCAGCGUGCGGGUUUCACUCCAAUACCUAUGCUUCUUUCGCGUUUUGGGUAUAAGGUUCAGGCCCAUGCAAGUCAGAACGGUGUACGGUUGUACCAUUUAUGGUCCCUGCAAUGGCGCGGUGGCUUUGGCUCCUAUACAUCUUCGAAGUUAGGACCAGGAUUUCGGUUGCCUGGUGAUUCGGAGGUACCUGUGGGUGAUGAUCUUGGGUCAGAACAACUACCUGCUCCUCCAGGGAACCCCAGCGGUAAAGGGGGAGGGGCUAAGGGGUGGACAGGGGAUUGUGAUAGGAACCCUGUGGUCUGUAAGAGAAUCGGACUAUCGGUAUUGGUGUCAUGUCACCGUCUCCUUGAGGUGUGCGU